AUGGAAGGCGCGAGAGUCGUCGCGAUUUCCGAGCUACUGCAAAUCGGGCGCCCUCUCACCGGAGCGUCGUCACUCUCGCUCCGUCAGAACGAACGGAGGGCCUCCGCCAUUUUCCUGGCACCCUCGCACAAGCAGAAGGGGGAAGGAGCUCCUCUUCUCGGCGAUGGGGAACCCGUCGCUCCUCUCCACGCCUUUCGUCCUCUCAAUAUUCCGGCCGUCCUCGUCGGUACGCUUGGCCUCACCGGCGACGAUGGCUCCUCCCGCAUUUGCAGCUCCGGUAACCACUGCUUCUGCUUCUCCGACGGAUCGGGGAGGGUUUGCUGCGCCGUUCUGGACCUGGACAUGGCCAUCGUCGGGAGAGAGAUCUACGUCCUCGCCUGGAAUUUCGUUCCUAUCUCUCGCGAUGGCGGGGUUUUGGAGGUGAUCAAGUGGAGUCUCCCCGAUCAGGCGUCAAAACCUGGAAAUGAUGCUCGUCCCUCGGUACCCUUGCAUUUUCCUCGGCGAGAAGAUCGCUCAAGAGUUCGUUCUUGUGCUUGGGGAGUGUUGGCGGCAGUGAGUCCGGUGUUUUCGGUUCCCUUCUCCGUGCAGCAUGGUGGAUUUCAAGGGAAUGCUCGCGACGAAACUGGAGAUGGUGCAUAUUUAGAGGGUUUCAUUGUAGAACUUAGCACCUGCAAGUGCGACUCCUGUGGGAAAGCCAGGUCCGUGAAAGAGCUCCACCAUUGUCUGCUGGAUCAAAAGGUCCAUUCUUUCGACAACCCAGUAUUUGUCUACUUCCGUGAGCCCUGUUCCUCAUGGCGGCCGAUUCUCUCUAAGCUGCUGGGCGACGUCGUUACUGUCUCGGGCUUGAAGAAGAAAUAUAUCUCUGCAGGAGGGUUAGAAUCCUUGAUAUUUGUAACAACUGAGAGAACAAUUGUCCAUGAAAAUGGGAAGCCUGGGGAUUGCGGGUCUGCUGAAAGAAGUGCUCUCCCAAGAAAGGGGAGCCAUGUUGGGAACUAUUGUGGAGUAGUUACUGGUGUUUUCAAGAAUGGAACGGUUGUUGAAUUGGACAGGAAAAAUGUCUGGCUUCUGUUAGCGGGUCCCCUGCUCGAUCUUCCUCACUCUCUUAGAGUUGGUGCUGUGGUAGGCUUCUACUUUCUGGCUUUAGCUUGGAUAAUGUACUUAAUAUUUGCGAUCACAACUACACCUAAUCAACUUCGUUGACGUUUUAGAGCUGCCUAAUUUAGUGGUAUUGUGUUAUCUGAACAAAUGACUAUUCGAUUACUCUUCACUUUUGUAGAAAGGGAAUAAACCAUCAAAGGAAAAUAUCUGAGUUCUUCGUCAACUUAAUUAUUUCAGAUAAUCAAUUUUGUGAAUAACCACUGCGAACUAUUGUCCUGUGGCGUUUUCAUGAAAAAAAUGACCUCAGCUUUAUGUUGAACUUCCAUGUUGUAAAGAUUAGAUUCUAAGAAAGCUGGAUGAUUUUUUUUCCAAAUCAAAUUAAGUUCCGAUUUCCAGAUGGCAAUUCAUGGUGGCUUCCCAUUUUUCCCUGUCGACUGAUGUCCGGUUCUCACAUAGAUCACUGUGAAGAAUGUGCUCUUUAUUCGUCCCAGUUUUCCAUGGAUCCAAAUUCUUCUACUUGGGAGUUUCAUCAAGACCAGCAUUGAGGUCAAGUCGUUUUCACUUAUUGACAGUCGGUGAGUCUCAUAUAGCUACAAUCUGACCACAUGCAAUGAUAUUUUUCUUGAAAAUUGACACUGAACCCUCAGAUGUUCACUCCAGUUGUCACUCUAUGCGUCAAAGACAAAGUCUUCUAUGGGAUUUCAUUUAUUCAUUGCCCUUCUAUGCCAGAUUUUGGUAAGGUUGCUGAGGAAUAUUUUCUAUUAUCAUCCUUUGGCUUAUGUUCUGAUAAUUAUCCUUCACUCUUCACUGUCGUCACCUGUUUGAUUUCAGGGCUCUUCUGGUGACCUCAUCUUUCCAGAAAAAGUUUGCUGGUGUUCUCUCUGAAAAAGAAAUUCUGGGGACGAAAAAGGUAAAAUGCUUCUUGAUUUAAGUCUCAUUUUUGUUUUCCCUUGGUAUUUUAGGCAUUGCUAACGUAUCUUAUUACUUUUGAAAACCACUGAUUUUAGACAUUGCUAAUAGUCUUCUCGUGCUUUUUUUUGUUUUUGAAAUAUAUUAAGCUCACAGUGAUAUCAUGUUAGGUAUUUUCAGAAAGAGGGAUUGGUCGAAAAUUAUUGCAAAUUGUCCCUACCUUCAAGUACAGUUGAACAUCAGGUAAAUUUAUAAUUCUCAGCGAUUUCACUCAUUAUUAUUAAUGCUACCUCUACACUGAUCUUCUGUCCAGUGAAUGAUAUUGAAUUGAUAUUAUAUUCCUCUUCUCUAGCAUUUUUAAAGAUCCAUUUCAGUAAGGGCCUGAAUCUGGGAACAUUACCUUAUCUGCAUGCUACGGAAUUUGGCAUGAAAGCGUUCAUAUUCUUCUGAAUUUACAUUGUCAACUGUAAAUUUAGUCUAGAGAACAAAUUCAUCCUGCCAGAAUGUGUAUCUAUUUUUUGGACAAGGAUCGCCUCUUUUUUUUUUGUCGAUUUUCUCAUCCCAUUUAAGUGAGAUUUACGAUAGUGACCGUGGUAUCUUAUUUUGGUUACUAUGUCCUAAUUUUAGAUGCUAAAUUUUUGGUGCAAUUCUACUGGCAGAUAGGGGCAUUCGAGGAUUUCUGUAAUCAUGAUCACAGUUCUUUCGGAAACAAUUCUAAUGAUGUGCCUUUGAUGAUGGUAAGCUUUGAUUUGGAGCCUUUUGAUGUAUUAUCCUCAUUUAUACCUGCAACCUAUUUACUUAAAAUGUUAAUGUUUUUCCAAUACACAUUUCUCACAUAGAGGUGCCUAGUUUUCUUAAAUUUCAGGUAGUGCCUCUAUCUAAUUUCAUUGGCAAGUGCAUAACAAUUUGGAUGUCUACACUGUUGAAAAUGCAAGCUGAUUCUGAAAUAAGAAGGGAGAACGGUUAUGCGAGCCAUGUUUUCUGUGAAGAAAAAUAUCACCAUCGAAUGACCAGAAAAAUCAUGUCAAGUGAGGAAUUAGGUCUUGUCCUUGUUGGUUUUCUCCAGGUGGGCGUUCAUAUUUUAUAGUCUUGCUACAUUCAAUAUUGUUAUCUUUUCUGUGGGCAUGGAGAGCAUUUUUUUUGUUCAUUAUUGAUUAAUGGAAGCAUUCAUUGAUGGGGAUAGAAGAGGGAGGAGUAAAGUAAGAAUUUAUUCAGGUUGGCUGUGAUCAAUUGGCGUUACCUGUCUCACAGUUUAUGCGCAACAUGCGACUGGUUUAUCCCAAGGAGGUGUCAGCUCAAAACAUUUGAUUAAUGAUUUACAAAUGCAUUUGCAUGCACACACUGAAUGCAAUAUUUGUAGGUUUUUCUGCUUAACGGUAUGCACUGCUAUUGAUUGGAAGUCAAAUGCAACAAUAUAUACAACUGGAAGAAAAAGUGAUCUCAGCUCCCUCGCUCAUGACUACGCUGAUGUUGAUUAUCAUUCUAGAAUUUGAGAUCUUCUAUGUCUGUGUUUUAUACUUAGAUGGUAUAUUUUUCUUGAGGAGGAACUUGUGUCGGAGAAGCCUGUAUCUUCUCAUUCAAUCUUGAAUACUAGCAUUUUUCAAAUGGAACUGUUCCUAACUUAUUAUGUAAAACGUUAUUGGCGCAGUAUCUCCUGCUGUAAUUAGUUCUGCAAUGUUGGACAUUCCUAUGAAUUGAUUUAGAUGGUUAGGUUUCUUCUGAAAUAAUAUUAAAAGCAAAUAGCUUCCGUGACGCCUAUUUUUAUUGGUGUUUAUAUUUCUCAAGAGGUGAGAACAUUUUGUUACGACAUAAAUUUUUGUUCUUUAUUUAUUUUUUCUUUAUAUUCUUUCUUGAGGCAAAUAGCACGUUGUGCAUUUUAAAAAAAAAAGGGAUUAAUAGGUUUUGAUUGUUCUUUCUUUCUUGGGAAGCAUUCACACACUCGUGUAUUAGAAAAUGUAAAGUACUUGGCUUUGAAUGUCGCUGAUUACUGAUGUAUACCAGGUCUCCCCAUCCUCUGGAAGAUUACAACUGGUGGAUUCUACUGGAUGUGUAGAUGUUGUGAUGCCUGAUUUAUCGCCAAAUUUUGAUCCGCGCAUUUUAUAUGAGGUAAUGAACCUAGAAAAAUAUCUGGACUUUGAGUGAUCUAUCAGCUGGUCUUUCUGGAUAAAACUAAGGACUGAGAAUUUUCUUUUGGCGAGCAAGUUGAAGGCUAUUCCUCCGAAAUACAUAGAUAAUCUGUCACUGUGUAGGUGUGGGUAUAUGCGUGUAUUUCAUAAUUUUUUUCCUUGUAGAGUACAGGGAAUACAGUCAAAGGGUGGGAUAAUCCAUAUAUUUUUCCAAUAAUUUAAUUGCUUCUAAAAUGCGUCUUAAAUUUUGUCUCAGCUGGUUCAUGGGGUCUAAAUUUUUUUAAUGGUUUGCUGCCGACCUUUGCAUUUUUCAUUACCGUCUGAUAUCGAUAGAGACACCUAAACGUUCAGAAUCUUAAUUUCCUGGGACAGAUGGUUCCAUUAUUAUCGAUGGUUUCAAGAGGUAAAUGCCAGUUCUGUAGAGUUGGUGAGUUUUCUUUCUGAUCUGGUUUGGCCCUAUUGUAUUAUUGUUAGGACUUGCAUCUGGAAGAGAUCCACACUUCACAAUAGAUUGGAAAAGAUGUUCAUUACCAUCUUUCACCUUGAAGGAAUUAUAUCCCCUGUUUAUGGCUUUUGCUUGUUUGCAAUCUGCUCUGGGUGGAUGUUAUUUGGUGUUAGUGAUUAAAAAAAAGAAAACUAUGACAGUGAACAGUAUUCUUCACAGUGAUUCAGUAGAGAAGAAGCAUACCGUAGCAGAGUUAAGCAUGGCAGGAAUUUCUCAAACUCUUGCAUAUCAUUGCAGAAUUCAAACUCUCUCUCGCCUUCUGGAUUUUAUGGUAGAUCCCACUGCAUAAUUCCUCUUUGCUCAAUAAAUCUCUGAAUACAUGGUACCCCCAUCCAGAAAGUUUCAGUUCUUUCUUCUUUGAUGGCUUUCAUGAGUUUGGGAGCCUUCCCCGCGACGCCUGUAUGUGACUGUCCCCAUAUGUUGAAAUGAUUGGAGGUUGUACUGUAUAUUCUUUAUGGGUGGAUUUUGGGCCUUUUUUUCGUAAAACCACACCUGAAAAUAACCCGGAACAAGUCUAUUAGAAUCUGACACAGCGUUUCCUGCGCUCUUGUCUAAGGAUCAUAUGAGAGGUAGAGUGUUAUUACCUGGGUAUGUGCGCUCUAUAUAUGCAGUUCUGGCUAUAGGUGAUUACAUCUGUCUCUGACUUAGUAUUGUAUUUUGGCUGAUGAUUCAUCAUUUCACCAUUUCUGGUUUUUUUUCUUAUUUUGUAGUGUGUUACCUUGUGCUUCUGUGAUACAUAACAACCCUUGAAGUUCCUCCUCUUUGUCAUACGUGCACUAAAAAAUUUGACUCAAACUUGUUUGGACAGGUUAAAGAAUAUACACUUGUCCUAGAUGGUUUCCCUCUGCAACUUGAUCCCGUAUUACUACGUCAGAGUGAUCCACUCUCGUGCAGGAGUAUUUUUCAGCAUUUCCAGGUUAAGGAAGGGACGCAUAAUGUUAUGAUCUAUGCCCACUUUAACGCCAGAAAUCUUCGACGCCUCAACACUUCUAUUUUUCAUUCUGUUGUCACCGUUGAUGAUGCUAUGGGAAGUAUUGAUGCGGAUUUUUACUUGCUGUUGGUAACACACAAACUUCCUCACAUUCCGAACGUAUGUUCUACUCAGAUUGAAGCUCUCAUGAUUUUUUGAUCCGAUAUGUUUGAUUAACUUCGCCUACAUUGCUACAGUUUCCAGAUCAUUCAAAACAUUUAAACAGAACAAGUGCAUUUGCUGAGGCUGUACUUCUGCCUUAUAACCUGAUUAUAAAGCAGAAACAUCAAGAUUUCCAACAUGCAGAAGAUUCUAUGCAACCUAGAACUACUGAUGAUAUUCCAUGUCUGAUUACCUUCACGAAUAGUACACGUGAAGGGUAUCUGGUACCAUCCAAUUCUUCACGGAAAGAAAAGAUUUCCUCUUCAAAUGGUAAACAAGAUCUGCAGACGAUUCUGUUAGAAUUUAAGCCUGAGAGCAUUAACUUGUAUCAGGUACCCUAUUUUAUGCUUAUUCAAAACUUUUCACCCAAAAACAGCAUUUAGAUGUGAUUCCAUGCGUUGUACCUUUGUUUUUUUUUUGCGCGUAGCUAUUAGUAUGUUUAAUUUUAAUGUUGUUUUUCUGUGUUAGCUUCGCAUGAAAGUUUUCAGACGGCUGAUAGUUGUCUAAAUUUUACGCCAGCUGUUAUGCAUAGGCCAGUACUACAUUUUGAAGUCCUCCAAAGACCUUCGUUAUCGUACAGAGCAUAUUAUGUCCGUGGAUUCAGCUAAGGCACUUAUCAGCUCGCAGUCACAUCUCUGGAGCCUUGAUCUUUCUGUUGGCCAGCUUCUGCUUGCACAUACAGCUCGGUGUGACCAACUAUCAGAGCGUUCGUCAAUUGAAAAUUACGGCUCUCACUCCAGUGGUGUAUGUGAAAGUGGUAGAUUAUUCCAUCAUUAUGCAGACAUGAUCGAUAAACGCUUAGAUGCUCAUUUGUAUCUCUCCAAAAAAGAAAACCGACUUCUGAACGAAAUUAAAUUACUAGAAAAUUUCUUGAUUAAAGCUCAUAAUAUGCUUGGAGAGGUUUACAGUGUCUGUUCACUCAUUGAAAUUACAUCAUCGAUCUCAUUGCCAUAUUCUGGAAUCUCCAGUCCUCAAGGAAAGUUUCCUGAAGGAAAGUUUCCUGAAGGAAAGUUAAUAUCACUGAGAGGAUCCAUUACAGAUGUGCACAUUUCCCAACCCAGGGAUUCUGAUAGUAGAAUGGCAUGGAGCUACAAAGGUUUGGGAGACCGCACUCUGUGUAUCCAUGUGUGUGAAGGGCAUCAUAUGGUAAGCGUACUGUAUUUUGGUCUUGUAUCACUCUUCAUUUUUCUGUGUCUGCAUGAGAUUGUGUAAGCCGUUCGAUUCCAGUUGAAUAAGACUGAUCUAGCAGGUUAAAGUUCGGGGUGCUUUUUGCAAAAACGUUCAUCCCUUUGGACUAGGACCUGGAGCAAACGUGACCUUCCAUCGCGUCCUCAUGCUGUUGUAAGUAUUCCUCAAGUCAAACUUGUUGGGUUUGUUCUCGUUAGUUGGCUUUUUUGGUCUGAUAUAUGGUUUAAAGCUUAAUAAAAAUAAGAUUGCAUGCUAAAAAAUUUCCCGUCACAACCACUGCUUCAGUUGGUCCACGGGGAGUUUCAACCUGUGUAGUUUGAUUAUUUACAGCUUAGUUAUGGGUGUAAAGAAGUAUGUAUAACUAGUACAUUUUUGCAGCUUCCUGCUUCUUGAUAAAGGUGAAAGCCUCGAUGAUUUAUUGUUUAUCGUCUAAAAACUGUUGCACGGUAGCUUACCAGUGACGAUUUUAUGUACUUUCCAACUGGACUUAUUGAGCGAUUGAGAAUAGAACACUGAUUCUCGCCACACUGCUGUCAGUUAUUUUAUGUUUAUCUUCUGUGAUGGGAAUAAACAACUGUAUAUACUUCAAUAUUUAGGGAUUGUUUCCUAGGACAUCUCUAUGGAGACAAGUUUUAUGUAAUCAAAGCUAAACCCUGGUUCAGAACAAGGCAUCUCUAUGGAAAUUUUUAAGUUUGUUGUAUAUGGAACCUUACCAUGAUUUGUGUCAUGGGUUAUUUGUACUUGGUUUGGUUCUACACACGAUUAUAACCCACCGGUUUUGUAUUGUUUUGGAAGUGGAGAAUGCUUCCAGAAACGGUCAUCGCCAAAGCCAGAAUACGAUAUCCCGUUUAAUUAUUUAAAUUCUGAUUAGAGUACAAAUUAGAAUUACUUGCAAGCACAUUUGUAUCUUCUGUUAAAUAUCAGCCAUUGAAUUAUAGUUUUGAUCUAUAAUGUGAUUCAUGUCCUUCAUUAUUAUUAUUAUUAUUAUUUUGUUUGUUUGUUUAUCAUAUACGUUGAUAUUUGUCUGGAAAAUUAGAGACUAGUAUCACGGAGGUUGUUUCCUUGCAUGGUUCCUAUCCUGCUUUUAGUUGGUUAAAAAAUAUCUUAAGAUUUAUUCUGGUCAGAGAUUUUCUAAUUUUAAUUGCCAUCCUGUUGAAUGAUGACAAGUGGUACAAAAACUAUGAUUCUAUCUUUAUUAAUUUUCAGAAACUCCGGACAAUAUGAAUUGGUGAUGAUUCCUGUGUCGUGCUUGGUGGUUAAUUAUGUUGAGAGAUUGGAUCAUAUCCUUCAUUGUUGCCGAAACUUCCCACCCCUGAUCAGAAGCUCCGAGUCUUCAUCCGAUUUGGACGCCCGAAUUGAGUCCUCACGCAUGGGAUCAUCGAGACUAAUUUCAGAGUUAAUCCAUUAUUCUGAUAAGACAAAAGUUCGCCUUCACUGUAGGGUAAGAAUACUCUCGUUGGUGCUGCCUUUACAGUGUCUUUUUCUGUUCCAUUUGUCAUUAAUUGAUCAAUAUCCAUUGUACCGUAAUCUCCUGAUGGGUGUUUCUCAGGUGUAUGGAACCUUUCUAUUGUUGUUAGAAGAUCAAGUUCCCAAACCAAAAAGGUUGCGACCAGCGCAGAGAUUCAGGAUCCCGGCUGUCAGAAUUCCACUUGCAGGUUUUAUAAUAGGUAGGUUCUCUUUGUACUGCCAUCUAAUCCUGUUAUUGACAGUGAUCGCCUGGUUCUUUCGGUUUCCACCAGAAUUCUCUAACCCAAUCCGAUCAGAAUGAAAAAGAACGAAUCUUUACGAUGCUGGGCUUAGUACCAGGGCACAUAGUGCCGCUGCUGCAAGAUCACUAGUUAGAAUGUGCUUUCAUGCCAUGGUUUGUCAUACGAAAAUUUCACCAGACUCUUUUUUUUUUUUUUUUAAUCUCUGCAGAUGAUGGUUCAUCCUUGUGCUGUUGCUGGGCAGACUCUGGCAGAGCUAAAACGAUGCUCCAGCUAGAAGAAUCUGCUUGCCAGUCUUUCUCUAGUGGUCAUGGAGAUAACCAGACACAGGUCACCGUGGGGUAUCUUCUGAAGAAGAUGCUGAAGAAUCAUCGCAGAAUUACCCUAAGGAAUUUCGGAGCCAAGGUCGACUCCCCUCUCGUGGACGCUACAUUCUCAGUUGACUCAAGAAAAGUCCUCAGCCCUUUUGACCAGGACGCCCUCAAGUUCGUCAUCCUGCAUGCCCAGAAUGGGCCGAAUUUGGUCAGCAUCUCCAGACCCCCGAGCUCACUAAAUGUUCCAGCUGAUCAUUGGUUGACUUCCCCUUGAUGAAUUUUCUAGUCACUAAUCUUGAUAUUGCUGCCUACCCUGAUGAUCUGGGCCAUCUGGGGCUACUUCUGGAUAGAAAUGUGCCUGCAUUGGUGCCUGAGUUGGUUUUCUUCUUCGUGGCAGAAUGUUGCGGGCCAUGUGCUGAAUCUGGAGGAGUUACCCUGUCUGGAGGAGGACUUAUCUGCGACAGAUCUUGUUAAAAAGUCAAUGAUACACGUGUGGGCUACAGAAGUUACCCACGCGAGUCCACUGGUGGAAGCUAGAAAUUUAAUGAACGAGCUACUAGAGGUGGUGGGUAUGCCAGAGAAGCCCCGAACAUUAAAGAAAAAAGUUCAAGUUCGCGCUUUUUCUGUCUAA